GGGCACUCCAGGUCACGGAGGUCGCCCACAGCCACCUGGAACUGCCAUACCAGCCGGCCCGCGCCGGCGACGCGCUCCCCCACCUACCCGUCGACGCCAUGCAAGCACCUCGACACCGCCAUCUUCUGUGCCAGGCAGCUCAGCGCGUCCCACGACGGGUCCGGCACUCUCCGGCCACGUCUUCUCGCUCUGCACAGCGCGCAUCGGCCUCCAGGAUUCCGCGCCGCUGACGUGGUAGAGGUGGGCAGGCCACCACGCCGACGCCGCCGACCACGCCGCCAUGGCGCUGCAGAGGCUACAGUCCGCCUGGUUGCACGGCGUGGCGGGCAGCGACGCCGUCUUCGUCAUGCUCAAGAUGGCCCCAUUCCGGAUGUCCGGUGUCGGUCUGCUCGGACUAGCAGGACCACACGCGGCCUACCAGCUCCUGGACCACCACUACGAGCACAGCCUCGCCAUGGCGCUCCGCGUGGCCGUGGCCCAUGCAGGGCUGACUGUGGUUCCGCCGCAAGGUUCCCGCUCUGGGACGCCUGGGGACACGCGGCCGAGCAGCUCCUGCGCCGCGUCGCCGACGACCUGGCCAUGGCGCAGGCCGCGCUGGAGCACAUGCGCCGCGCCGUCAUCGCCCAGUUCUUCGAAGCAUGCGGAUGCUUCAGCGUCGCGUCGCAUCCUGAUUCCUGAAGCAGCGCCAACUCCAUCACCAGUCUCUCUUCGAUCUGUUUCUCUUCAUCGGUAUGAUAUUAUGUGAUCCCUACAGGAAUUCGACUUCUUCCCCGAUCUACGGCUUUCCUCCAUCGAUCAAAGUCCACCAAAGUUCAGAAUUCGCGCGUGAUAUACUCCUAGGUUUUGUAAAAA